AUGGUUCCUCAACUGAAAGUGGCCGUCAUUCAGCUGUAUGCGGAACCGAUCAAGAGCGCGAGCAACUUUGCCCGCGCAGAAUCCUACAUUCGGAAGGCUGCCUCCGAAGGCGCCCAGCUCGCCGUCUUGCCCGAGUAUCACCUCUGCAGCUGGGCGCCCGAGUUGCCGGCUUUCGUUUCCACGACGAGAGACUCGACAGAUUACUUGGAGCAGUACCGGGCUCUUGCGCGCGAGCUCAGGAUUGCCAUAGUUCCAGGGACCAUGCUGCUAGAGACAACGGGCGGCGGUCAGGGGCUGGCCAACGUGGCCUACUUCAUCGGCCCGGAUGGGGAGGUCUGCGCGCGCUACCAGAAGAAGAACCUGUGGCAUCCAGAACGGCCGCACCUCAUCGCCGAUACGGAGGCGCCGCACGAGCCGUUUGAUACCCCUUGGGGAAAGAUGGGCCUGCUCGUGUGCUGGGACCUCGCCUUCCCGGAGGCCUUUCGCGAGCUCGUCAUUGCGGGCGCAAGGCUCAUCAUCGUACCGGCUUUUUGGCUGGCCUCGGAUGGUGGCGAUGGUGUCCGAGUCAACCAGGACAGCGAAAAAUUGUUCCUCGAAAGCGUGUGUGUCGCGCGGGCGUACGAAAACACCUGCGCCGUCGUUUUCGUCAACGCAGGGGCCCCUAUGGGAAGGGCCGAUGCCAAGGACGACCGGGGCAACGAGUACGUCGGAUUGAGCCAGGUGGCGAUGCCGUUGCAGGGUGCCCUUGGUAAGCUGAAGGCGGGUGAAGGCAUGAGCAUCGUCGACGUGGACUUGGGCGUGCUUGACGUCGCCGAGGAUGUGUACAAGGUGCGGCAGGACAUGGCCAAAGCGGCAUGGCACUAUGCGAGAACUCGGUCCGCACCGGGCAAUACGAAGGCAUGA